ACGCUGAAAAUGCGCAUGCGCUGACCUGUUCUAGUCUCGGACUUUGCUCUGACACAUUCCAGUAGAGGCCGAUGGACAGAAAACUUUAUUUUUGAACAUGACUCGAAAGCGUGUCAAAUUAAAUCGGAAAUCAAAACGUAAAAAGGAUGAUAAGAUACAAAUUGUCAAUAUUGACGACAAUCAGCAAACCAGCGAAGGAACUAAGGACAAGCCGCACCUGCUUGACUCAUCGGAAUGUAAGAACAAGAAAGAAAAAUCUACAAAACAAGUUCAUAUCGCUUUUCUCCCAGAGAAAUACGAACCGCUGAUUGAGGAUGAAAUUACUGACAAACAAACAGAUAACUGUAUCAAGAAAGAACAAGACAAAUAUAAAAAGUUCAGAAAAAAUAUGGGGAAAGCUCUUCGUUUCAGCUGGAAGUGUCUGGUGGUCGGACUGCAGAAUUUCAGCACAGCCUAUUCUAUGCCACUAAGUGCCGCAGCCACAGUUGUGCCAGAAAUCCACAGAGCUAGAUCUCAUGUCUAAAAGAUAAUCAAUGCUGGAUCCUCAUAUAUAUUUCAGCCAUUAAUCAGUGAUUUAAAACUCAAAAGAUACACACACAGAUCAUUUGUGUCAUUGUUAUGAGAUGUCUUUGAGAGAAUGGAGCAUGAAUGGCACCCGUCUAUUUACCACAUCAGUGAUAUACCAUGUCAUGUCCUAUGCAUGGAAGAGAUUACAUUUGUGUGAUUAAAUUUGCAUUUCACUUCAAAACUACAAUUUAUACUAAUCUAAUAACUGAUGAGAACACUUUACAGGCUUAAGCCAAACACGUUUACAUGUGAAACAGAUUAGUUCUUGAGUAGAGAUUAUAUAUUGGUAAAGUAAGUAGCUAUGGUACUGUGGAUGUUAGGCCGAAUGGAGUGCACUUAUUUUGUGCUCUCAAGGAGAAGGAUGACAGACAGACAGGAAACGAAUGUAGAAUGAAUUGUGAUGUUAAAAAGGCAUGAAGUAUGGCUUUAGAAACUUGUUCUGUUUCUUAAUUACACAAUUAUAAUAAGAAUGAAUGUGCAUUUUCUAAGUAUGAAUAUGAAUUGUAAGAUAAGUUUAUGCUUUGCUGAUAAUUUAUGAUUAUAAUAUUUUUGGAUUAUAAUUAUUGAGCAGAAUUUAUACUAUUUGAAUUGAAAAUUUCCCCCAUUAACUGUAUAUUAAUAUUGUUUUACAAAUGAAGCAUUUCAGUGGAAUACAAAUAAAAUAUUUUUUGAAAACGUAUUUGUUCACC